CCCACCCAAGCCCCGCGCGCUGCAGCCUCGGCGCGUUCCCAGACCCUUUCCCCGGCCUCGCGCGCCCCCGCCCCCGCCCCGCGCGCCGCGCCCCGGUCCCCGCCCCGUCCGGCGUGCAGGGCUCUGGGUGUGGCCGCCGUCUCGUGUGGCGGAGCCUGCUCACGGUUCGCCUCCCGCAGCCGAACACCCAGCAGCAGCUCGGUGGUGGCGGCCCGGCUCCAGCUCUUCACGUGGGACGCCUGAGGAAAACGGUCAGGAAGGAUGAGCGAACUGGAACAGUUGAGGCAGGAAGCUGAGCAGCUGCGGAAUCAGAUCCAGGACGCUAGGAAGGCCUGCAACGAUGCCACGCUGGUUCAGAUCACGUCUAAUAUGGACUCCGUGGGUCGGAUACAAAUGCGAACAAGGCGCACGCUGCGGGGCCACCUCGCUAAGAUCUACGCCAUGCACUGGGGAUAUGAUUCCAGGCUACUAGUCAGUGCAUCCCAAGAUGGAAAAUUAAUUAUUUGGGAUAGCUAUACCACAAAUAAGAUGCAUGCCAUUCCGCUGAGGUCUUCCUGGGUGAUGACCUGCGCCUAUGCCCCAUCUGGGAACUAUGUUGCCUGUGGAGGCUUGGACAACAUCUGCUCCAUAUACAACCUGAAGACACGUGAGGGGAACGUGCGGGUGAGCAGAGAACUGCCAGGGCACACAGGCUACUUGUCCUGCUGUAGAUUCCUAGAUGACGGACAGAUCAUCACCAGCUCAGGAGACACGACCUGUGCUCUGUGGGACAUCGAGACGGGGCAGCAGACUACCACCUUCGCAGGACACUCGGGUGACGUGAUGAGUCUCUCACUGAGUCCUGACCUGAAGACCUUUGUUUCUGGUGCUUGUGACGCAUCUUCAAAGCUGUGGGAUGUCCGAGACGGCAUGUGUAGACAGUCUUUCACAGGACACAUCUCGGACAUCAACGCUGUCAGCUUCUUCCCAAGUGGCUAUGCCUUUGCCACGGGCUCCGAUGAUGCCACCUGCCGGCUCUUUGACCUCCGUGCAGACCAAGAGCUACUGCUGUAUUCUCACGAUAACAUCAUCUGCGGGAUCACGUCCGUGGCUUUCUCCAAGAGCGGCCGCCUUCUGCUGGCCGGCUAUGAUGACUUCAACUGCAGCGUGUGGGAUGCGCUGAAAGGAGGCCGGGCAGGUGUCCUUGCUGGUCACGACAACCGUGUCAGCUGCCUAGGCGUGACUGAUGACGGCAUGGCUGUGGCCACCGGCUCCUGGGACAGUUUUCUUAGAAUCUGGAAUUAACAGCGUUCUCCAAUGGCUAUCCAGAGAUCCAUGCUACAGCCUACAGCUGUGAGAAGAAACUCUACCUUCUGUUUGUGGAUGAGGAUUUUUCUAUUGAGAUUACAUACAAAAGAAAGCGUCUUUGAAUAAAGUACAGCCAAAUGGUGGUCAGAGACAAUCAAGACUAAGGUCCCCUGCUGAGGGCCAAGGGCCUGGGUUUUGAGCAGUUGUGCUGACAUUAAGUCCGACAGAUUCCUGCUUGUGCUGGUCCUUUCUCUGUAGAUUAGAAUGCACAUUCUGUAGCAGGUGACUGUGUGUUUGCAUUUUGUUAGGGACUCCCCUUGAACUCUGUAUAUAUGAGAAACAUCACAUUUUUAAAGUAUUGUCAUGGUAGAGCCAGGACCCAUAAUAGGCAGAAGUGAUAUUGUAGAUAUAUGUGCUGUCUGAAGGUGUCCGUCCCCUUGGGCUCUGACAUUGCAUUUGAGUCACGAUGGCCUCCUGAUUAGGAGGGCUGAUAGGUAAGGUGGCUCUGCAGAAGCCAGUGGCUGUUCAUGCAUUCUUUGCCAUGCUGGGGAUCUACGUAAAUGCUUCUUUUGAGUCAUUUGAGGGGACAGGUGAUGUGAAGGCCAGGGGGUGAAAAUUUCACCAACAGAGAGGGGCACACUGAAAUGUCAUUACAAUUUAUUAUAACCAGUAGACAUUGGCAUGUAUCUUAAUUUUUGGUAUUCUAAAAGGCUGAGCCCUUUGAACCUUUAGAUCUUGCUGUUAAUUUCUCAUUCUGAAAUCAAGUUUGUAGAAUGUACUUGUAUUUCACAAGUUUGACAAAACCUGACAUGCCCCUGCUUCUGAAGACUCCUAUCCAGUAUUCUCUGUAAUGGGUAGGAAACAGUGGCUCACCUUUAACAUCUUUGAGAACUGUAAACUCACCCACUCAGCUGGCACUAACAUAUAUAAGACGGCUUUAUGAAUUGCGUAAUGUGAGAUCUGAAUUGGUAUAAAUUAUCUGCACCCUUAAACCUUUGCUCUUCUAUUUUGGUGGUGCUGCAGAAGGAAUCUAGGGCCUUGUGCCCACCAGGCUUGCUCUGCACCCUGGCUCCUCAGAGGGAAGCAAGCGCUCUGCUGCCGUGCAGUAAUUCCUCCAGAGCACGACAUACCUGUUCCAAGGCAGCUUGCAGCUGAGUGUGCAGAGCUGGCCCCUCGAGCCUACAGCAUUGUUUCAGAGGGUCCGCUCACAGCAGGCUGUCCAAUUGCUCUGUCCUGCCUCGCCUCUUGUUUUCUCCUACAAAUUUAAAUGACUGACAAUAGCAGACUGUUACCUCUUGCAGGGUGCUGCCUUCACGGGUUACCUGGAGGUAUACAAAACAUUGUUUGAAACUCGUAUGUUUGUUAAAGUUGAUCACCUGUAACUGUAACUUUAACACUUCCAAACUCCGGCAUUUUCAUCCUUAUACUGUGACUGUGCCCGUGUAUGUGUCUGCUGGGAUGAAAUCAGCAGCAGCGUUAUUAAGGUCAGUUGUGCUUCACUUACUACAGUGGACAGAGCCUCCUCCCACACAGCUCCAGGGUUGGACCUGAGUGGGGCAGAACGGGAAUGAAAAGCUGACAGACACAGGAGAGCUGGGGCCAUGGAAGAAACUGCAGCCCCCAGGAAGUGAGUUUGUUACAUGGCUGCUGCAUACAGGUGAACAAGGAGGCAGCCUUUACGGUACGCAGCUGGACCACGAAGACAGGGUGAGGGCGCUAUGGUGGACACAGCCCAUCAAGACUCAUACUCAAGCCAUUCUCCCUGUCACAGCAGCGCCCGUGUCACAGCACACAUUCGCUCCCCACAGCAGAGAGGUGAACCGAGAUACAGUAUUGAAGAGAAACAGACCAUCAAUGGCAGGUGGGGCUGUGUACCUCAGUCCUCAUUUCUGGGACCCCUGUGCUCUUGCCUAUUUGUGAAAUAGGGAGGUUACUUUAUGAAGCAUAGCUCUCUGAAAUAGGGCACAGUUUACUUAAAAGGGAAGAAUAAAAAAGACAGUGCUGGGCUGGAAUCUAGCCCUCCUUGUAUGUGCUGCGCUGUACCUCUGGGCCGCACCUGCAGCCUACCCCACCCAAGCCAGAGUUGAGGCACAUUAGAGGAUCACAAUCAUUUCCCCAAAAGGGUGUGUUUCCAAGACUGCUGUGUUAACUCAGAACUCAUCCAAAACUCUGUUCAAAACAGCACUUCUAAUAUGUAUUUUAAAACGGGGCUAAAGGAUUUAAUCUGUGUGGUAAAGUGCUUGAAGCGCAGGGCCCUGGGUUCAGUCCUCAGCUUUGUCAGUCAAAAGUCAUACUGAAGAAUUCUAUGGCCCUAAAUAUUUUAAAAUGGAAUUCAGGGCAGGAGAAUUGGCUAAGCAGAUAAGAGCACUUGUUACUCUUGCAGAGAACCUGGGUUCAAUUCCCAGCAACCAUGUGGCAGCUUACAACCACCUGUAACUCCAGUCUCAGGGAAUAUGACUCCCUUGGACACAAGGCAAACAUUUGUACACAUAGAUCUAUAUUUAAAAAGGAGGUGUGCUUUCAUGUUAUUCAAAGCUUGUCCCUUACAAUGCAGCUGGAGAGUAACCAUGAUGAACAUAUGGCUCACUGCACACAGUGCCAAUGUUUGGCACAGUAGUGACCAUAGUCAAACUGCUUUCUACUGGUGGGUACCUUUUGGGUUUCUCUGCAGUUUGUUGUGACUAAAUAACACUGGCUUGCCUGAGACAUCCUGAAAUUAGCCUAGUUAAUGUGCCUUAGCAGGUUGAUGCUUAGCAUGCAAAACAUCAAACAAAAGUCGUCUUUGAGAUCGGCAAGAUUUUUAACAUUUUGCUGUGGCUUCUGCCUUGGCCUCUAGCUGAGUCCACAAGCAUCUUUCCCCGAGAGUAUUGUAAAGGCACGUGAUCUUUUCUAAGACAUUCCUCAACCUGCUGUUCAACAAGGACAGCUCUACCCUGAGAUGAGCAAGUUCGUUUUUGGCAGCUGUGCUCCAUGUAAUAGUCCAGGUCCCUAACAAGCUUGGACUCCGUUGUGAUUCACAUAUACUGUAAUGCAUUCCAAAUUCAUAAAAACAGUGAGUGUUGGGCUCUGGUCCUUCAAGUUCAAGUCUAGUCAGUGGCUGUCAUUUUAAUUUAGACUUGGCAAGCUGACUGAUGAUGUGUUUCUGAGAUGUAAGGAACUUGAAUCUGAACAUGACCUUCGCCUGGGGGGUUGCAUGUGAAGGACCACUGAGAGUUGAGGCCAGUCAGCCAGGGCUAUCAGGUGGAAACCUUAUUUACCCCAGGGACUGGAGAGAUGGCUCUUCUCACAGAGCACAUGAGUACAGUUCCCAGUUCAACUGCCUGUAACUUCAAGGGGCCCAAAGCCCUCUUCUGGCCUUCUCAGGCCCUGCACACACAAACCUAAUUUAAAUAAAUCCCCCUUUGAAGAAAAAAAGACCAUAAAAAUGACCAUUCUAUUGUUGAAAGUACUCUCCAAUCCCAUUGAAGACUUAGGUUUAGGUGUAAAACUAAGACUUUUAGAAGUGAAACUAUUCAGGGAAAUUAAGUGGGUACUAACAUCUUGGAUUUUGAAUAAUAAUGCAUUUUUGUAUUAACUAGCCUAGAAAAACUGAAUAAGCAGACCCCAGAUGGGCCCUGCCAUCAUUUAAAUAUGGAACAUCCUUUAGACUCUGCAGAUCAGACCUGGCUUGUACUGUGUGUGUGCUCUGGCCACUGUGGAAGGCACUGGUUUUACCAAGAUGAUCUUAAACUGAUCUUGUGGGACGUGAGGCGCACAGCAGGCUCACUUCUGCUGGUCACUGCUUACAGCAGGUGCUCAUGGGAUGUCUGAGUCAGCACUGUUAGCCACAGGCAGAUGGAAUAUCUUGUAUUUAGGAAAUAUUUUCCAUGUUUAUAGUUUUCUAAGAGUUUUUUUUUCCUUAAACCCAAUGGCUGAUUUUGUAAAACAGGUGUAAUAAUGUAGCAUUAUGAGGAAAAAAACUUUUCAACUAAAAGAACUGUAUCCAACAAAAUCUUCCAUAGCAUAGUCUGUUAACUCGGACUAUGAUACAGCUGUAGGCUGUCCAGGCCCUUCUGUCUUUUCACAACGGUGCUCUAACCUAUCAUUUUCUCCAAGAGGCUUCUCUUUGAACAUCUGCAUUGACUCACCAAAGCCAUCAGAUAGCAUAAAUGUGUCCUGAAGCAGAUUUGAGAAUUUUUCUAUAAGGCACCAUGUCCUCUAGUAUUUUCAACACAGAAAGCCAGCUGACUAUGAAUGUCAGCCAUAUGUCUAAAGCUUUCCCACACAAGCAGAGGACCUGUGCCAGGAUCCAACAGUGCUGAGCUAGAACAGUGAUCCCCUAUUUGUACAGUAGCUUGUGCAAUGCUGUUGUAGUGAGCUGUACUAUACUCUGUAAUCAAUAAAGUGCUUUUCACUGUC